GCGCGAGACUUUCAACUGAGUGGAUCGCUUUGACUCGACAACGCAAUCGCGCUCAAUAUUUUUCAUUGGAUUGGAUCCUACACAGUCGCAAACAGUGAUUUAAUCAUAAACUUUAUUCACAAUACUUUAUUUAUAUUUUACUGUAUCUCAAUCCGUUGAGAAGCAAUCGAGUGUCCGAGAAACGUCUGCCAUGGAGUGCUGGACGAUAGUCUUAUCAAUAUUAGCUGGCGCACUAGCCAUUUAUUACUAUUCAUCCCGCAAAAAAUCAAACGACUUUCAACAACACGGAAUUCCACACGUGGAGAAACCAUCCUUACUGAAAAGACUUUGGAUGAUUUUUAUAUUUCCAAAAAGCUUCGCGCAAAUAAUUCAAGAAGUGUACAAUCUACAUUCCGAGGCUAAGUAUAUCGGUCUUUUUGACUUCACGAGAUUGGUUGUAGUAAUCCGUGACCUUGAAUUAAUCAAGUCUGUCGCCAUUAAAAAUUUCGACUCGUUCGAGGAUCAUCUUUUCUUCAGCAGCGAGAACCAAGAUCCGCUUUUCGGAAAGAAUCUCAUCGCACUUCGCGGCGACCAAUGGCGUGACGUCAGAGCGCUUCUCAGUCCUUCAUUUACAUCCAGCAAAAUGAAGGCAAUGUUCCAAUUGGCAUCCGAGUGCGCUAUAAAUUUUUCAGACUAUCUAAUGAACGUACCGUCGGAGAAACGUAUCAUGGAAAUGAAAGAUAUUUUCUCAAGGUACACCAAUGACGUGAUCGCCACGUGUGCUUUUGGAAUUAACAUUGAUUCGAUGAGAAAUCCGGAAAACGACUUUUACACGUACGGCAAAAAGGCGUCGAAUUUUAACACACUUGCUAUCAUAAAAAUUCUAAUAUAUCAACACGCGCCAAGACUCGCGCGCUUGUUAAAUCUCAAGAUGCUGGAUGAACACACGAAUGCAUUCUUUAUGAAUCUGGUGGCUGACUCCAUAAAAUUCAGAGACGAAAACGGCAUCACUCGCCCGGAUAUGCUCCAACUACUCAUGGACAGCAGAGACAAAAGGGAACCCGGGAAAGAACUGACUAUUGUGGACAUGACGUCACAAGCGUUUAUCUUCUUCCUCGGUGGGUUUGAUAGCAGCUCGACACUGUUGAGCUUCGCGGCCUAUGAAAUCGGCGUCAAGCCGAAAGUCCAAGAGAGGCUGCAAAACGAGAUCGAUCAAGUUCUGGAAGACACGAACGGCCAGCCAACCUACGAGGCGAUCAACGGAAUGGCAUAUCUGAACGCUGUGAUUAACGAGACUCUCAGAAUGUAUCCAGUGCAACCGAUGACAGACAGGCUGUGCGUGAAAGACUUUGAGUUGCCUGCCGCGUUGCCGGACGCAAAACCGUAUCUCGUGAAAGAAGGAACGAUACUCUGGAUCCCAUUUUACGGACUGCAGCGUGACGCCAAGUACUUUCCCGAGCCGGAUAAAUUCAAGCCCGAGAGAUUUCUCGACGAGAAUAAGAAAGAUCAAUGUAAUCUUAACGCUUAUUAUCCGUUCGGAUUAGGCCCGCGAGUAUGUAUCGGCAAUAGAUUUGCAUUAUUAGAGACUAGAAUCGUACUGUUUCAUCUUCUGGCUCGUUGCGAUUUGAAGCCCUGCGAAAAGACGCCGAUACCUCUAAAACUGAAAAAAGGUGGAUUUUCAACGCGGGCCGAAGGCGGCUGUUGGUUAAACAUUGUACCGAGAGAGAACAGAUAUUCUAACAUUACAGAUGCAAAACAACAGCACUGAGCACAAAAAAAUAAUCUAGUCGACAAUAAAAUAAUCUAAUUGUAAGGGCAAGUGCGUACUUAUAUAAAAGUAUUUGA